AAAAAAUUGAAUGCCUAAUUUCUUUAGUUAACCAUGAUCACAAACACCCGAAGUUUGGUCUACCAAAACCAUCUUAUAAAAAGCGCGCACACAUAAUUAAAGAUUACCUCUCAAUCACAUUUGUCCUAUAUAUGGAUAUGGCACAAAUCAAAAACACUUCAUCCGGAGAUGAAGAAGCAUGCAUGUUGGCAAUGCAACUAGCAACAGCAUCAAUACUACCUAUGGUCCUCAGAGCUGCCAUUGAGCUUGACCUUUUGGAGAUCAUAGCUACCGCUGGCCCGGGCACCUAUGUCACUCCUAAUGAGAUAGCCUCCAUGUUGCCUACUUCUAGUCAGUAUGCACCGGUUAUGCUCGACCGCAUCCUCCGAGUCCUGGCUAGCUACUCUGUUCUUAAAUGUAAGCUUAACGAGCUAGCCAAUGGUCAAGUAGAGCGGGCAUAUGGAUUAACCAAGGUUGCCAAAUUUUUAACUGAAAAUGCGGAUGGGGUUUCAAUGGCACCUCUUGCUCUCCUAAAUACAGAUAAAAUCAUGAUGGAGAGCUGGUACUACUUGAAAGAUGCGGUUCUUGAUGAUGGAGGACUUCCAUUCAGCAAGGCCUUUGGAAUGAAUGUAUAUGAGUAUUGUGGCACAGACCUUCGAUUAAAUAAAAUCUUUAACCGAGCUAUGAAAGAUCAUUCCGCCAUUGUUGUGAAAAAGAUCCUUGAGAAAUACAAUGGUUUUGAAGGUCUCGGGUCAUUAGUUGAUGUCGGUGGUGGCACCGGGGCUACCAUUAAUACUAUUGUCUCUAAGUACCCUACUAUUAAAGGGAUCAACUUCGAUCUCCCUCACGUUGUUGAAGAUGCGCCAUCUUAUACUGGCGUGGAACACGUCAGAGGCGACAUGUUUGCUAGCGUGCCCAAAGGAGAUGCCAUAUUCUUGAAGUGGAUAUGUCAUAACUGGAGCGACGAACGCUGCUUGAAGCUCUUGAGGAAUUGUCACCAAGCAGUCGCUGAGAACGGAAAAAUAGUCAUAGCAGACUCCAUCCUCCCAGAGUAUCCAGAAAAUGCAACUAAGACCGCCAUUCAUUUUGAUGCUAUUAUGUUGGCAUAUAUUCCUGGUGGAAGAGAAAGGACCGAAAAAGAGUUCGAGGCCUUAGCUAAAAGUGCAGGAUUUAAACGCUUCAACAAGGUCUGCAGUGCUUUGGAUAUUUGGAUUAUGGAACUCUGCAAGUACUAGAACUUGGUUUUGAGUGACAAGCUCCUGGUUGAUCAGUGAUAUAAAGAUAUUAGCAAUCCGGUUCUCUAACAACGGAAUAAAAUGUGUAGUGAAAAUGAAAAACUGAGGCCUCAGAGUAAUUGAUGCUCUCCAUCCAUCUACAGCUAAGAUUUCAGAGAAGAUAUUAUUGUUUAACACUAUUAAAGAAAUUUGGCUGUGCGGUGUUCAGGCGACUCAGUUGUAAAAACUAAGCAAUGAAGAACAAGAGUUCUCGGAUAAUGAACAACUAUAAUCAUCAAUAUACUUAUAUAAAGGAGAAGCGAGAGGCGAGGAUAGCUCCGUUCUAUUUUUCUAAUU